AUGUUUAGAAGAGCUUGUACACUUUUUUCAAAUACUACAGCCUCAACAGUAGGAAGAGCAACCCAACAACCAAUAAUCAGCAACACCAACAAUCUAAAUCUAUCAUUUAAUCGUUCAAGUCUCAAAAUGAAUAACAAUCAAUCAUACUCUAAAUCAAUGACAAUGGAUAAUAUUUGUCCAACUGUCAAGACAGCACAAUAUGCAGUAAGAGGAGAAUUAGUUAUCAUUGCAGAAAGUUUAGCCAAGAAGCUUCAAGAACAACAAAAAAAUAACACUGAAAAGUCUUUGCCAUUUGAUGAGAUUGUUUAUUGCAACAUUGGUAAUCCUCAACAAUUAAAGCAAAAGCCUAUUACCUAUUUCCGUCAAGUGUUGUCACUUUGCGAGUAUCCAGGCAUGCUCGACAGUGCUCACAUUGAUAAAAUCUUCCCAUCAGAUGUCAUUACUCGUGCUCGUGAAUUGUUGGGAUCGAUUAAUUUCACAACCGGUGCCUAUUCAGGUUCACAGGGUAUUGCACAUGUAACAAAAAAUGUUGCCAGCUUUAUCGAGAGCCGUGAUGGUCAUCCAUCAGACCCAAGUGACAUCUUUUUGACCGAUGGUGCUUCUGUUGCAGUCCAACGUAUUCUUCGUCUCUUGAUUCGUGAUCGUAACGACGGUAUCCUCAUUCCCAUCCCACAAUAUCCAUUGUACAGCGCAACCAUUGAAUUGUAUGGAGGAUCACAAGUUGGUUAUGAAUUGAACGAAGAAAAGGGAUGGGGUCUCGAAAUCCCAGAACUAGAGCGUUCUCUCAAGCAAUCAAUCGACGCAGGAAUUCAACCACGUGCCCUUGUUAUCAUCAACCCAGGAAAUCCAACCGGUCAGUCACUCGAUCGUGCAAACAUGGAAGACAUUGUACGUUUUUGUCACCAACACAGACUCGUCCUCUUGGCCGAUGAAGUCUAUCAAGAAAAUGUCUACGUCAAGGAAAAGAAGCCAUUUGUAUCUUUCAAAAAGGUCGUCAAGGAUCUCGGUCAAGAAGUAGAAGGUCUAGAGUUGGUUUCUUUCCAUUCCGUCUCCAAGGGUGUUGUUGGCGAGUGUGGUAAGCGUGGUGGAUACAUGGAGCUCUGUAACAUUGACACUGCUGUAAAGGCAGAGAUUUACAAGUUGGCUUCCAUCGGUCUCUGCCCAAAUGUUACCGGUCAACUUGUUGUCGAUCUCAUGGUCAAGCCACCAGUCAAGGGAGAACCAUCCUAUGAAACCUAUCAAAAGGAAACCGAAACCAUCUAUGAAAGUGUCACAUGCAAUCCACCAGAAGGUGCCAUGUAUGCCUUCCCUCAAAUCAGACUCCCAGCCAGAGCUGUCGAAGAGGCCAAGCGUUUAGGAAAGGCCCCAGAUGCCUUUUAUUGCAUCAACUUGCUCGAAGCUACUGGUGUUUGCGUCGUACCAGGCAGCGGCUUUGGUCAAAAGGAUGGAACCUUCCAUUUCCGUACAACUUUCCUUCCAUCAGAACAAGCUAUCGAAGGUGUUUGCACUAGAAUUGCUGAUUUCCAUUCAAAGUUUAUGGCAAAAUAUAAAUAA